AUGAGGCAAAAGAGGGCUAAGGCAUACAGAAAACAAAUGAAUGUGUAUAAGAUGACAUUCAAAUUUAAGCCCCCUAUUCAAGUGCUAGUGGACUCAGAUGCAAUAUUAGAGGCACAAAAAACUAAGUUUGACCUCAAUAAAGGAAUCGCCCGGACAGUCCAAAUGGAAACAAAACUAUUUAUCACACAAUGCUGCAUCAACCACUUGUACAAUUCGGGAAAUCAGGAGGCUAUUGACAUUGCAAAAACGAUGGAAAAAAGAAGAUGUCAUCAUGAUGAAACGAAAACUUCAGACGAUUGCAUUUCAUCUAUAACUAAUGUUGAUGGAGAAAAUAAAUUCAGAUACGUGGUGGUCACACAGAAUGCCAAGUUAAGGCGAGAUCUUCGGCAGAUACCGGCUGUUCCAUUGAUAUAUAUGAAUCGUUCAGUGAUGAUAAUGGAACCUAUGUCAAUUGCAACAAGUCGAGUUGUGCGUGCAGUGGAAAGAAGAAAGCUAACUGGAGGAUUAAACGAUGCCAGGAGUGCCGGAUUGAGAGAUGAGGAUAAGGAAACCGAGGAGGAGAAUGCAAAUUCCGAGAAACGUCCGGAGAGAAAACGGAAAAGAGGACCUAAAGGACCGAAUCCAUUAAGUAUGAAGAAGAAGAAGAAGAAAGUGGCUGAUGUUGAUGCAAAAAACGAUAAUUCCCAAUCAGAGGGUGCCAAAAAGACACGGAAGAGAAGGCAUAGAAGGCGGGGCAAGUCAGAUCAGGCUGAGAAAGGGGAAAGUGAUGCCAAUAAAGAAGGAAAAGAGAAUGAAGAAGAAAAGAGUGAUUCCAAAGAGAGGAAUGAGGUUAGUGAGAUUCAGAAUGCCGAAGGAAAGGAAGAAGAAAGUGGGGCUGGCCACAAAGCUGAUGGUAAAGCCGAUAUUCAGGUUGACGAAACUCAGAUGAAGGAAAACUAA